UCCCUCACUGGCCAAUCUCCUUCCCUCCCUCGCUUUCAACCGUGCGAUUAGAAAAGCAAACGGCCUUGCGCCGAAAGCCCCCUCCAUACAGACAAAACCCCACACUCUUUUCUCGCACUCACUGAGAUUUCAACACCCUCACAGAACUCCGUUUCCCCCCGUCAUCGCCGGUUCUUUCCUUUCCGGCGGUCGGAGGAACAAGACUUUUACGCUUGAUCCAUUGGUUUCGUUUCUCUUGCGAACCGACUAGUUUUUGCUAGAAUUCUACUCUCCGGGACCUGCAUUUCUCCCCCUUUUGUUGCGCAGCUCCUUUGUGAACUUUUUGUGUAAUAAGAGGGCAGUAGUGGGCCAUGUGCCAAUGAAGCUUGGGAAUAUUUGAUUCAGGCUAUCUAGUGUACAUCCAAAUAAUGAGUUCUUAAGACCUACCAGAGAAAUGGUAAUCAGUUCAGAACUCAAAAAGAAUUCAAAACAGGAAAAAAACUGUAAGAUAGUGAAGCAGAGGGUUCCAUCACCCCAAGCAAGUCGAAGUCCAAAGUGCCCAGACAAGUUAGAAGUCCAAGUGAAAUCUUCAGGAACCGGUCAGAGGUCAUUUGUCAAGGUGAAUACGAGUAAAGAAGAUGAGCUUAUCAAGCACAUGUCAAAUUUGCCAAGUUAUCUCCAGCGUGCUGAGAGAGGAGAAAACAACCAAGAUAAAGCUUUGAAUUUUGGGGUUCUAGAUUGGGCACGAUUAGAAAAAUGGAACUAUAAGCAAAACCGAAUCCCAGCAAGAGGAGAUGAUAAUGCACUACGCAGAAGCUGUGAUUUAUCGUCAAAAGCAAUUAAUGGGUCAUCGACAUUUUCUAGUAAAGUCCAUGGCAAGAUGUCUUCUGAGCGACACUCUUUGCCUCAUCCUAGUCUUGACUCAUCUCACAAGGAUGGCCAUCCUCAAGAUGCCAAACUGUUCGACCUGAAUGCUGUAAAAUUUCAUGAUUUUGAGACUGCUUCCAAGAGCUACAUGGAUGGGCAGCAAAAGGUACCCUGGACAUAUAAGUCUUAUGGCAGAAGUUGCUCCGAUAUAAUGCUUGAUAAGGGGAAGAGAAAAGAUUUAGAUCAUAAGAUUACUUCAGAAAUGGGAAAUUCUGCAACUACCUCAGGAACCAAUGGGGUCUCUCUCAGUCGGAAGUACAAUGCAAGUGCUUGGGAUGGUGAAGCUAAGAAGAGCAUAAAGAAGUUGCAAGAUUCAGAUAUCAAGAGAAAAGAUGGAGAUAAGAAAAUUCCUUCAGAAAUACGAUCGUCGCAUUCAGAUUGGAGAAGUUAUGAUUUCUCUCUUCAUUCAAAGGAGAAGCUGAGUGCUGGCAGAGGUGAAAAUAGGAAGAGGAUAGAGGAGUUACAACAAUCAGAUAUAAAUCUCUCUAAUCUAUGUUCCCCGGGUGGGCACACCAGCAUUGUUCUCCUACCAAAAGAGUUAGCCCAAAAUCAAAGUUCAGAAGUAUUCCAACUUUCACAACCCAGAGAAUCCAAGAAAAAGUCAUCUGAGGCAAUGAGGCGCAGUUUUUCAGAAGAAGUAUUCCAACUUUCACAACCCAGAGAAUCCAAGAAAAAGUCAUCUGAGGCACUGUGGAGCAGUUUUUCAGGUAACUUUUUUGGUAAGGAUGUUCACUCUGAAGAACUCUGUUCUGAUGUUCCAGACUUGUGCCCACUGCCUUCUGGAGAGACCGAUCCCACAUCAGACAUGAUACCAGAUAGCCUGAUCAAUGUUCAGUGUAAUAAGCUUUCAUCUGUUGCAUCGCACAAAUCCAAAUUCCCAUACAAGACAUUGAAGAUUCUUCCUAAAGGCAUAUAUGCAGAAGGAAAGGACUUAGACCUCAAGCUUAAUAAUUCAGAUGUUCGUACUGCAAAAGCAGCAGAUGAAGAAAACGCUGUGCUGGAAACUAAAAAAGACAGAAAUCCAUCACCCAAUCACCGGUUUAGCUUCAGCUUGGGUCGUCUGGGUAGAAGUUUCAGUUUCAAGGAGGGUUCAUCUGCACCAAAGUUGAUCUCCUCAAAUGCUAGUGUCAAGUCUGGUCCUGUGAGAUCUGAAUCUUCUGCGUGUUUGGAUACUUCAAUCAGAGAGAAGCCAAAUAUUCCUAACAGAGCUAAGUCCAGCCCUUUAAGGAGGUUAUUUGAUCCCAUACUGAGGUACAAGGUAGCAAAUUCACUGCAUUCUGCUGAAACCCCUCAGCCAGUGAAAGAGAGUUUAGAUUUCAUCAGCUCUAGCCCAUCUAGAGUCUGCCACUCACUUCAAAAGGAGAAGCAUGAGGCAUCGAACAUCCAAGCCCUUUUGCAACUCAGGGUAAAGAAUGGGCUACCUUUGUUUAAGUUUGGGGUUGAGAACGACAGAAUCAUUCUUGCAGCCACCAUGAAAAAUUUGAUUUCAUCAGGGAAGGAUGACUCAGGCCGAAAUUAUACAUUUUACUCUGUUAAUGAAAUUACAAAGAAAAGUGGUGGCUGGAUGGGUCAAGGAAGCAAAAGGGAGAGUUGUGGCUACGUAUAUAAUGUAGUUGGUCAGAUGAAGGCCUCCAGCACUUGUUUCUCUGAUUUGAGUGGAUCAAAUUCCCACAACGAGUAUAUGGUCAGAAAAUCUGUCUUGUUGUGCGCUCAGCCAAAGCAGGAAGAUCAGGAACCAUUGAAGUUUACGCCAGAAAGGGAGCUUGCAGCCGUUGUUGUCAAGAUCCCUUCUAAAAACUUAAGCCAUGAUGGAAUGGAGAGUGAUAAAAAGUUGAUGGCGAAGGUCUGCAUGACAUGUUUGGCAGAAGGCAGAUGCUCUUGCAACUUCAAAGAAAAUAAAAACUCAGAUGGUAUUACAGUUAUACUUCCAGGCGCUGUACAUGGACCACCAAACAGAGGAGAGCCUUCGCCACUGACUGAUCGCUGGGAUGGAUCAUGUGACUGUGGAGGUUGGGACGUUGGCUGCAAGCUGCGUGUUCUUUCCAACCAGAACCGAGGCAGUAAGAUUCAUGUGAUAUCCAAAGCUUGCCGUAUUCCGGACAAUAUUGAACUUUUUGUCCAGGAAGAACCCCAGGAGAGCACGCCCUUCUUCAGAUUGACGCCAUUGAAGGAUGGAAUCUACGCGAUUGAAUUCAACUCAUCAAUCUCUUUCUUACAAUCCUUCUUCAUUUGUGUCGCCAUUUUAAGCUGUAAUAGACCAAUGGAUCCCCCAGCAACAACCAAGAUAUCUGAGGUACAAGUUUUCAAGGAGCCCAUUCUGAAUGAGGAUGGUGGAAUACAGAGAAGAGCGCCUGCAAAAUAUGCUCUAAGUCCACCUUUUUCCCCUGUUGGAAGGGUCUAGUUUCAGGCAAGGAACCUGCCAUCUAGCUGUCGAUCCUCUUCAAAAUAGCUAAAGAGGCAUUGAGAGAACUCCCCAAACUCAGAAGUCUUUUCGUUUUCGACCAUCGUAUCAGUACCUGCAGCGAAGUCUGAUAAAGGACUAUUAACUGGACUGCUUGUGCUGUUCUGGCAGAAGACAUGUAUACCCAUUUGUACAAAAAGCAAAUGUCAUCAGCUAUACAAGUACAACAUAGCCACUUAAAGGAGAACUCCAAAACUACCGUAUGCUCGUUAAAAGGUAGAACACUGAACGUAAUGCCAUACUUUUCUAGGCAUGCACAGUUCUGUAUAAAUGCUCCGUUUUCUCUUUUAAUAAUGCGAGAUCUUUUCUAUGGAA